AUGUUGUGCGACUGCAACUCCCGAGUCGAGUCCCUGUCAUCCCUUUGCAGCCUGCAGGGCCGGUGGUAUGCACGAAAAUUUGUCAUAAGCGGUCGGGAGACUGUCCCUUAUAAUCUAUCUCCUCGGCCAGGUUAUCCGUUCUCCAAAAUGCCUGGGUCUACCGAUGCCAAACGGCGGUCCAGUUCCACUACUAUGGAGCAGACACGGCCUGCCACCAAGCUCGGUGUGGUCUCGGGAGUCUACAUCCCCGUCUGCUUAAACAUCUUCAGCAUUCUCAUGUUUCUGCGCUUUGGCGUAAUUCUCGGACAAGUUGGCCUCCUUGGCAUCAUCGGUUUACUCCUCACCGCAUACUUCGUCAACUUUCUGACGACACUCUCGCUGUCCGCCAUUGCUUCCAACGGUGAAGUCAAAGGCGGUGGCGCCUAUUAUCUCAUCUCGCGCUCUCUCGGUCCUGAAUUCGGUGGCUCCAUCGGCGUGCUCUUCUACCUGGCCCAGGUUUUGAACGCGGCUCUGAACGUCGUUGGUCUCAUCGACUGCAUCAGGAUUUAUGUGGGAGAUGUCUUCCCUCAGGGUUUCUGGACUGGCUAUGGCAUACAGACUGCCGCCUUGUUCGUCUGCACUGGCAUCGUGCUGGGUGGGAGCGGUAUUCUGAGUCGAGCCAGCAAUGCCUUGCUUGUUGUUCUUACCAUCGCAGUGUUGAGCAUCCCUGCCUCGACCCUCUUCAGGACACCCUUCCGGGAUGACUCUCUCGGCCUUGAUUUCACCGGUAUUAAUCUGGGGACUCUCGUCGGGAACUUCGCCCCCGACACGGAGGGAGACAGCUUUCGAGGACUUGAGACUUUCCGCGACCUGUUCGGCAUUCUCUUUCCUGCUACCUCGGGCAUCUUUGCCGGCGCUUCUCUCUCCGGCGAUCUGCGCAAUCCCAGCAGGGCCAUUCCCAAGGGCACUCUGUGGGCCAUGUUGACCACCUUCAUCGCCUAUCUCGUCGUCGUCUUCUCUCUGGCCGCGAGCACAACCCGAGAGUCUCUCCUUCAAAACCCCAGCAUCAUCUCUCUCACCAAUCUUUAUCCGCCCCUCAUCCUGGCCGGUGAGGUCGCCGUCACCUUCGUCUCCGCCGUUCUCGCUCUCACGGGUGCGGCCAAGCUCAUGAUAGCCCUUGCCAAGGAUAAGCUCCUACCCGGCUUGGCCGAUGUCGUUCAGGACACGGGCAAAGCGGAAGAUCCCCUCUACGCUGUUGUCAUCACCUAUGCCAUUGCCCAGGUGGCCAUGUUGGCCAAUCUGAACCAGAUUGCCACGUUCAUCUCCAUGGGUUAUCAGAUGACCUUCUUCGUCAUGAAUCUUGCUUGCUUCUUGCUCAAGAUAGGAUCGGCACCGAAUUUUAGGCCCGCAUUCAAGUUCUUCAGCUGGCAGACUGCAUUUGCUGGAAGUAUCAUGUCGGCCAUUGCCAUGUUCUUUAUCAAUGGGACCUACGCUGCCCUCGCCGUCUGCCUGCUCGUCUUCCUGUUUUCCCUGAUCCACUAUCUCAGCCCACCCAAGCAAUGGGGCGACGUCUCGCAGAACUUGAUCUAUCACCAAGUCCGCAAAUACCUGCUCCGCUUGCGUCCGGAGCACAUCAAAUUCUGGCGGCCGCAGAUCAUUCUACUCAUCAACAACCCCAGGAACCAAACCAGGCUGAUCCAGUUCUGUAAUUCCAUGAAGAAAGGGUCCUUGUACAUUCUUGGACAUGUCAUCGUCACCGACGACUUUGACAGCGGCGUACAGGAGGCAAGACUCCAGCAAUCAGCCUGGACCAAGUACAUCUCCGAAUCAUCCAGGAUCAAGGCUUUCGUCCAGCUCACCAUGUCUCCUUCCAUCAACUGGGGCAUCCGCAACCUGAUCCUAUCGGCGGGACUUGGUGGCAUGCGUCCCAACAUUGCCGUGAUAGGGUUCUACAACAUGGAUGAUUUGAGGAAAUCCCGCCCCUCCGUCCGCGUUCCCGAGAUGCCCAUGUCACCCACUAUGCCGUCUAAGCCAGUUCCCAAGAGGGAGGGGAAGGCUGCCGCUUCGAAACGAAGACGCGGCGACACGUCAGCGCGUCUGCUGGAGGGGACUCUGCCGACAGACGUCAUCAGGACCGAAGACAUGAUGGGCGUUACUAACUACAUGACCAUGCUAGAAGAUCUCGCCCUUAAACACAAACUCAACGUAGCUGUGGGCAAGGGGUUCCAGAACCUCGAGACUCCCCGCCCGGACGGAACAAAUACCAAAAAGUACAUCGACCUCUGGCCCAUCCAGAUGUCCGCCGAAGUGCUCUCCGAUGGGAAGAGUUUCUUGACCACGAACUUUGACACAUACACCCUGAUUUUGCAGCUUGGAUACAUCCUCCACACGGUGCCGGCCUGGAAACGCGUCUACACACUCCGGGUCAUUGUUUUCGUCGAAUACGAAAGCGAAGUGGCGGAAGAGCACGCUAGGGUUAAGGCUCUUCUGGACAAGCUGAGGCUUGAUGCCAAGAUUCUCGUUUUCUGGCUGGCAUGCGGCGAGCUCAAAACCUACGAGUACAUCAUCAAUGGGCGCUCCGACGAUGCAGAGAACGAGGCUGUGGUCAAUGAGGUCCUUAGGAACGAGGACUGGUGGGGUGAACUGCAGACAUUCCGGGGCCGCAUGUCGACUACGGGUUCGGCGCAAGAUCUGACGCAUCUUGCCAACAUCAUCGAAUCGACGGCGGGGCGAGCGGGGGUCUUCAACCCUCAUGUCCCGGUGGACGAGGCCAAUCCCAGGCGCCUGUCGGGCACAAUCGACCUCGGUGACUUGCAAAGAAAGCCCACGGUGUCCAGAUUCGUGCGGUUGGGCGUGAGCAUGGGUAUUCAUACGUCUCACCUCGGGGACGAGGUCUUCGAAGGGGAGGAAGGCAUUGAGAGUAGAAUUCCCAGCGACGACGAUCAAGGGCAGUCGAGUUCGGAAUCGGAGUCGGAUACAGAAUAUGGCGGCGACGACCUGAGCGAUCACAGUGAAAAUGAGGCGCAAGGGGUUGAACCGGUCCGGCGCCCACUCCUGUCGGGCAGCAGAGGUGGACGAAGCCUCAGCGUCGAGACCCUGGGCAGUGCAUUCUCAAAUGGACGAGGCCGGGACCGACGGACAAGGGAACAUCACCCUGGGGAAAUGUCGACCACUUACGGCACAGUCUCAGCACCGACACCCGCGGAUAUUUUGCAGGGCGGAUCAUCACAGCACGCCCACGGCAGCCAAGGCCAAGCCCGGGAUAGUGGCACGAGGCAGUCAAGUCCUGGCGGAGCUGCCAAGCUCUCCCGAAGCCCUUCGUCCAAGACGUUCCAUCCUCCUCCAAGGAUACUCGGUGCUGAGGCAUUCCCCGACCUUCCCAAACCAGCUUCAUGCCGGGACGAUUCCGGCACCGUAACCCCGAUACGGCCAGCCAUGUCCCGUCAGUCGUCGACCGUUCGGUUCUCCAGCCGUCCAGUACCAGAGACCAAGGUGACGGUGGAGGACACUGCAGGCCCCACCAUCAUGUUUGCCGAAGAGUCCAAGCCCGCGCCGUCCCGAGCUGAACGGCCUGCUUUUUCGAGACAGUCAUCAGCCGGCCGAUUCUCGAGCCGACCGGUUCCCGAACCCAAGGUAUCGGUCGGCGACGGAUCUGGACCCACCAUCACGUUCGCGGAGCCGCCGUCGCGGUCGCGCAAAUCGUCGGUGCUUUCCGACAUUGAAGACGGGAGCGACGUGCAGCUGAACAUGUCGGAUAUCCUGGAGCGGUACCGGCUUGGCGCGCAAUGGCCCCAGGAGGAGGACGAGGAGGGAUCGCCAUACUCUACGCAGGGCUUGGCGCUCUCGUUCAACGACCUCCCGAGCCGGGCCCAGCACCUCAUCUUGAACGAGCUGAUGCGCUCGCAGAGCAACGAGACGGCCGUGCUCCUUACCACGCUGCCCAUCCCCAGCGAGGGGACGUGCCAUGAUGAGGAGGCGAGUGUGGAGUACCUGUCCAACGUAGAGGUUUUGUGUCACGAACUGCCACCGAUCCUGCUCGUUCUGAGCAAUAACAUGACGGUCACGGUGGGGUUGUAGAGACGGGGCUGAUGAUUUUUUUUCUUUUUUUUUUCUUCUUUUCUCUGCUUUGGAGGUUUUUUUUAAUCGUCUGGGUUUCUUUAUCAUAGUACAUGACGCGAAACAUCAUACAUCUGGUUUUGCAUUGGAAGUCUUUGUCUACAGCAAGUAGCAUGCAUGCAUCGCAAGCAGGGCGGGCGCAUUUCUGAAUUAUGGACUAUUAUACCACCGCCUC